CGGGGGUGGGGGGAGGUGGCAGUCAGCAGAGGGACAGGAGGAGGAGGUGUGGAAGGCUGCCAUGUCGUACGUAUUUAUUAACGAUUCCUGCCAGACCGGGGUGCCGCUGCUGCAGGCCUGCAUCGACGGCGACCUCGCCUACGCCAAGCGGCUGCUGGAGAGCGGCUUCGACCCCAACAUCCGUGACGGCCGAGGCCGCACCGGCCUUCACGUAGCCGCCGCCCGGGGCAACGUCGACAUCUGCCGCCUGCUGCACAAGUUCGGGGCCGACCUGCUGGCCACCGACAACCAGGGCAACACCGCCCUGCACCUCUGCGGACAUGUCGACUCCAUCCAGUUCCUGGUGUCCAACGGCCUCAAAAUCGACAUCUGCAACCAUCAUGGUGCCACCCCACUCGUUUUGGCAAAACGUCGAGGAGUAAACAAAGAUGCCAUCAAGUUGCUGGAGUCCUUAGAGGAGCAGGAGGUGAAAGGAUUCAACCGUGGAACUCACUCUAAAUUAGAGAUUAUGCAAACAGCAGAAAAUGAGAGCGAGCAGGAGGCUCAGAACGGUACCAUCAGAGGCUGGGAAACAGACCAUCAGCCCCUCAGUGCCAUGGAGAGCCACUCACUCUUGAAUCCAAACCUUCAGAAUACGGAUGGUGUCCUUUCCAGUUUUCGAUCCACCUGGCAGGAGUUUGUGGAUGAUUUGGGUUUCUGGAGAGUUCUGCUACUCAUUAUUGUAAUUGCACUGUUGUCUCUUGGCAUUGCCUACUAUGUCAGUGGCGUCCUGCCCUUUGUAGAAAACCAGCCAGAACUAGUGCAUUAAAACCUCAACACCGCCCAGUGUAACCAAGUACGAGUUUGAUCCACAUUGUCUAUAUUGGAAGACGAGAAUGCUAGCAGACCUGUCGAUUUUGAUAGCUGGCAUUCCAGUUAUGAAAGCUUGUUUGCUACCAAAACUCAACACUCUUAGUCUUGGCAUCAGUUUUGGUUUUCUGUCUUUGAUUACAGCCAGUAAAAUGAAUUGUUUUGAGAAUAUAACACUAAUAAAGUCUGGAUGUGCAUUUAAGCCCAGUAGUAAAAAGUAAUCUGAAGGUAGAACUUCAUACUGGGCUUAAAUUGUUAGAUGCAUAUUUUUACCAUUAAUUGAAUUCCUUAUUUUGUAUUGUAUGCAGGCAGAAAUAUCCAUUGAAAUGUGUUUUGUUGUCUAGGCCACAGUUAAUUCUUUAAGAAACUAUAGUAAAUCACAUUCCUGAUGUGUAAAAAUUGAAUAACUUAGAAAUAAGGCUUCAUGUUUUAAGAUUAAUGUUGAUCAUGAUGAAGGAAUGAAAAGUGCAGUAGAACUAGACAUAAAUGAUGGAAUAUUUAAAAAGGAGGGGGAGGGGUCAGAAAAAUUUAAUUUGUUCCUUAUUUUGUGUUGUUACUUCAAAUGUUUCUCCGUACCAUCCAGAAAAGACAUGUAGAACACACAUUUAUGCACUUUUACUUGUAAUGAAAUUAAUUUUAAAUGUAUCCAUGACAAUUGUUUUAUUCAGUAUAAUGCAGUAAAUGGUAAUUACAGGAA